CUGCUCCACAUCCUGCAACUUGGAUGGGACACCCCUGCUGCCUCACAUCUCGCUGGGGACAUCCCUACUGCCCUGCAGUUAGUGGGGUUAGCGGGGACAUCCCUGCUGUUCUGCAUCCCAUGGAUCAGCAGGGACAUCCUUGCUGCCCUGUGUCCCAUGGAUCAGCAGAGACAUCCCUUCUGCCCUGUGUCCCAUGGAUCAGCAGGGACAUCGCUGCUGCCCCGUGUCCCAUGGCCCCCAUCCCAGGGACAGGUGUACAUCCCCACUGCCCCGCAGCCCCACACUGGCCACGGCAUGGUGUGACACAGCCCCACAACGCCUCAUGGCAGAGCACCGCAGCGGGGCAGCAGGACAGGGUGGGAGGACGGGGCUGUGCGCCACCCUCACGCCGUGUCCCUGCCCGCAGGGUGAGCCCAGGCCCCGGGGUGUCCCUUUGCACCGACAUGGCUGCCGGCGUCAUCCGGCCGCUGGCCGAGCUGCGGCUGCCCUCGCCCUUCCCGCACGGCCUGCUCCUGCCCGCGUGCCCCGAGCCCGACUUCCCCGACCUCUCUGAGGAGGACGAAGAAGAAGAGGAGGAGGAGGAUGAAGAGGAGGCAGCAGAGCAGAGCAGCGGGCCGGAGCCUGGCGGCCCCAACGCCGCAGAGACCACACUGCGACUCCUGCGCUUCUCAGAGCUCAUCAGCUGCGACAUCCAGCGGUACUUCGGGCGGCGGGGCCGGGAGGAGGCCGCUGGUGGCCACAGCGUGCCCGAGGACUGCAGCUCGCCCCGCCGCUCACCCAGCCUGGGCCACACGGCACGGGGUGGCCGGGCACAGCCGGAGGCGGCACUCGGUGCCCACGGGGCUGCGCACAGGCUGGGGCCGCUGGCCGAGCUGUUUGAGUACGGCGUGCACCGGUGCCUGGCACCGCAGGCGGUCAGCGGGAAGACGCAGCGGCUGGAGAGGAAAUACGGCCACAUCACCCCCAUGCACAGGAGGAAAUUGCCACCCUCCUUCUGGAGGGAGCCGGGUCCCGGCCCUGGCAGCCUCCUGCAUGCCGGCACCCCCGACUUCAGCGACCUGCUGGCCCACUGGACGGUGGAGCCGGGGCCGGAGCUGCCGGGCAGCGGGCGGGAGCUGCCUCCUGUGCCGGGCCAUGCGGGGCUGGAGGCCGAGCCCUACAGCGGGCUGUGACCCACUGCAGCCCAGGGCCGCCACGCGCCGCCCAGUUAAUGAGCAACCCAUGGGCAAUGGGACACCUGGAGCCAGUGGGUCAGA